AUGAAACGGCGGAGGACUGACGGCUACGACUUGUCCGUGCAGCCUAGCACUCCCUCUACGCGACAACUAGUGCUUGAAGAGAUAGACCUUGAAUUGGGCUUGAGGCAACGCUUGUCAGAGACGGUACGCUCCCGGCUCACAUGGGCAUUACUUCUCCAAGAAGCUCUCGAGAACAAUUUGCAAGGAACCAACGAUACAGGCUUUCAAGACGCCGCUCUUGACACUCUGCAAGUCUUGGAGAAACCAUGUAACAUCCUCCUCGAGAGAGAUAUCACAAUCUUCGAGAAGCCUGUGCCACUCUUGUCCUUGUCGCAGCCCUCGACAGCCCUCGGCACUCCAGAGGCGCCAUCUACGCCUCAGUUUUCAGCCCGCAAUAGUAGCUCUCGUAUCCGUGGUCUUCCCCGUGCACCCCUACAGCCCGCAAGGAAGCUCCUCUACUUGCGAAACACUAGCACCGACCCUCCCGCCAUUGCCAAACUCGCGUGCCCUGACUGUGCCCGCUCCGACUUCUCGAACCUCCAAGGCCUGCUGAACCACUGCCGCCUUCGUCACGGCCGCGAGUAUGGAAGUCACGACGAAUGCAUGCAAAGCUGUGCGAUCCUCGUCCCCGACGAGGAACGCGACACCGUCGUAGCGACCGGGACCGAAGUCGGUGGAAUCAGCUUGCCAAGUCUGCGUCGCCUGUUCGAGAUCGCGGUGGGUGCGGGGGACAAGGUUCUGAUCCCAGGCAUACGACCACGUGAAGAGAAAUCCGCUGCAGCGACGAGAGAGGCCUUAAGCGAGACGCAAGACCAAAUACAGAGCACACAUGUCACUCGUACGCUCGGCCAUCACAAGGACACGCCUGCGCUAGCGCCCUUCCUUGGGAGAGCCCCAAAGAGGCGCACCGUCAAUGUUUAUGACGACCCCGCCACGAUAGUUGACAUUGUGUCUGUAAAUGACAGGCCCACCGAUAACACGGAACAAGCCAAGCGCAGGUGGCGCAUGCCAUAUCGUCAUCGCAAUAUAGCUCGUCCAGAGCUAGAUGAAGUACCACCUGAUCUCCCAGAGGGGACCCCUCAGUCCGAGAACAGCGGGCCGCAGAAAGGUUUUGCCCAAGCAUCCGUGUCUGCCGUGCCAAACGUUGCAAGUAGUCGAUUCCACAUCGUCGCUCGCGUCAAAGUCGCAGAUCAUAGUCUCUGGUUAUCUCAAGAACGGCGUCCGGUCGCUCUUCCAGAGUACACUCACCGAUGGCGCUUGUCUGUAUCCUCUCCAUCGUACAGCCUUCACAUCACGACCUUCCUCGCAAAAUUAACGGUUACCUGUCUCACGGAUCCGCCGCCCGCGCCACUCGCCGAGCCAAUCGUCGUCACCGCGCCUCCCUUUAUCGCAACAGGCGCGACCGACCGGCCAUUCCUCGCACGGCUCACGUUCACAUGGGUGGGAAAUCAGAAUGCGCCUAUGGAUGUCGAUCACUGGGUCGAGCUGGAUCCGCUGCGCCUCGCGCAUGCCGUCCUCGGGGACGAGCAGGUGUUCGACGUCGAGCUCGAUAGGAACACAGAGUUACUGCCCUUGCGCGGAGACACGCGGAAGGUGGGCUGGCACGAUGACGACCACGAGCACUCUACGUCCACUUUAAGGGCGCUAGGGUGUGACAAAUCUAUGGGGAGGGAAGAUGGAACGGGGGACACCGCUGCCGAUUCUGGGUAUGAGGCCACUUUGCGAGCGCUGCUCUCACAGGUUCCUAUCACGGCUAAGGGUGCGCUUUACAAGGUUUGGGAGCGCACUGACGUACUGAGCGAGAGUUCAGAUGUGAAAGCCCGCGCCGCGCCACAGGCGCCUCUGAUGCUUGUGCCCUCGCGGGCGCAAUGGAAGAACACGGUUCUUGGGCGGCGCAAGGCAGUUGAGAUGAGCCGCGCCCGCGCAUUGCGGGAGGCGUACGAGCGACACGUCGUGUUGGUUCAUGACAAGAGCGCACACCCUCCUCUGACCACAGCAGACAUCUAUCGGUGGAUGGUAGACAAUGACGUUUUCCCUCGUCUCAGGGACAGGGCUGAACAUCGAGCGCGAGAGGCACCUACAGAGGGCGCAGUGCAAAUACGGCCGAAGGGGGAUUCUUAUUGCCACUUCUGUGGUCUCAACUCGCAGGUGCAUCCCACCGGUGUCAAGACCGAAGAAACAGAACGGAAGGGGGUGCCUGCCAUUUUGGCUCCGUCAAACCGCAAAAACUUGUCGGCGUGUCUCACGUUCAAUGGGGGAGGUACAAGACUACCGGUCUUCGAUGUCAGACGUCUCCUGGAUCAGGCCUUGUCUCCGGGUUCGGUGCAAGAUAUGCCCUAUGGUGUUUCUAAGAAACUCUUGACAGCUUCGAAGUUGACUGCGAACUCUAACCCGGCGCCUGCCGCACUGCUAUCGAUUGCGCACCCACAAUUUGUCACUGCGAUCCGGUCAAUGACUGAAAGGUGGAACCUGGAACAUUGCGAGGCUCCUGUCCACGUCUUUGCGCGCAUACAGGACGGAUUGAUCGCGCGCACCGAACUGUCCCGUUCGCGUCAGGAGAUGGUCGAUCACCUGGCACCCUAUGCUCUAUUGGCAGCUGUCACAAAUUCGAUGAUCCGCUUAUUGGUGCGGAGUGGCGCGGAUGCUGUCGGACAAGACGAGGCGGCGCUGCGUUCCCUCCGCGGGCGACGCAAGGCGGGUAGCGGUCUAGGGGGUGCGCGGCGGGUGAUGACGCCAUCACAUGUUGUUCGAGGGCUGGUUGCGGGGGCGCAACGCGGGUCGGCGGAAGCUGCGGCCCUGUUGUGUGUUGCGCGGUUGGGGAUCGGAAAAGAUCACGCAAGGACUCAGGUGGCCGGCGCUGUCGGCAUUGGUAGCAAAGUAAAGAUGGAGGAAGAGGAUUUGGGUGUUCUGUAA